AUGUCGCAGUGCGGUCCCUUUUGCCUGGAAAACAGCAAUCCGUGGACCUACAAGUGCAAUUGGGAGGCGUGUAGCGGCUGCGAGACAUUCUGGCAUCGCAUGAAGUACAUGGCCGAUGAAGGCAUUGUCUUCGACGACGCCAACCUUGUUAAGUGCUCCAUCUACAGCAGCGACGAGGCACGCUGCAACCUACACGUAAUCAGGCGAAGAGUCGGUGUAGAACCUCUAGAGGACGAUGGCACAUACGAGCAGUGCUUCUUCUACUACACAGGCUCCGAGACCGCAUGCGCAUCCGGUAAAAUACACGAGAAGAUAUACCACAAGCGGCUGGACAACGAGCAGUCUUGGAACGAGAUCUGCGGCCAUGGCUUAUGUUGCCGUUUGGUGGAGCCCAUCGGCCGGCGAGCGAGCGAAGAGAAGCCGGCGGAGCUUAGCGAGUUCGCAAGAGCCUCAACGCGUUCGCCGGAUGUCGUCGGCAGCCACUCCAGCGAACUGGAGGAGGAAAUUGCUCUCAACUACUCCGCUUACGCCAGAACGUAUGGGCCCCGAGAGUAUGCCCCGAAGCCGGGCGUGACGUUCGAUCGCACAAACCGGCCGUUGGUGGAGGCGGCGGACGUGGACGACUGGGUCCAUCCCGAUGGCCUGAUGACGCGCAAGAUCAUGUCAGACAUUCGCCUCGCCAAGGCAAUGAAGACACCCUUCUUCAUCGGCGCCGGCUACAACCGCCCACACCUUCCCUUCGCGUGCCCCAAAAAGUACUGGGACAUGUACAGCGCCUCCGAUAUCUUCCUCGCACCAAAUCCGUGGUUACCUGUCGGGGCGCCGCCGCGCUCCGUACACUAUUUUGAGCUGCUCUCGUACAACGAGAUCGAGCGGGGCGACUACAACGCGGGGAGCGGCGGGCCCAACGGCGGCCAGCGGAACCUGCCUGAGGGCCUCUCCCGUGAACUCAUUCACGGCUACUACGCUUGCAUCACGUACGUCGACACACUCAUUGGAUAUCUCAUCGACGAGCUCAAGGAGCGGCAAAUGUACGACGAGACAAUCAUCACCUUUGCGAGCGACCACGGCUAUAAGCUCGGCAACAAGGGCUCGUGGGCGAGGCACACGGUGUACGAGACCGACCUGCACGUGCCAAUGAUCAUCAAGGCACCCCCAGACUCCUACACGCUCUCUAUGACGGGAACGAGAUGA